UGUUACGCUCUUCCCUUGCUCAGCUGUCAUAUGAUCACCGGCUGCGGAGCUGCAGACAUAAGGCAAGCUGAAGCUGAACUGGUAGAGCAGCAGGAAGUGGAGAGCUGGAGCCAGAGAAGAUGAGCAUGUUGGUGCUGAUUAAUAAGUUGUUGGACUGGUUUAAGUCCCUGUUCUGGAAGGAGGAGAUGGAGCUGACCCUGGUCGGGCUGCAGUACUCGGGCAAGACGACGUUUGUGAAUGUGAUCGCGUCUGGUCAGUUCACUGAGGAUAUGAUUCCAACUGUGGGUUUCAACAUGAGAAAGCUAACAAAAGGAAAUGUCACUAUUAAGAUCUGGGAUAUUGGUGGUCAGCCAAGAUUCCGAAGCAUGUGGGAACGUUACUGCAGAGGAGUUAAUGCUAUUGUCUACAUGGUGGAUGCUGCAGACUUUGAAAAGAUUGAAGCUUCAAAGAAUGAACUUCACAACUUAUUAGAUAAACCACAGUUGCAAGGAAUUCCUGUGUUGGUCUUGGGAAAUAAGAGAGACCUUCCUAAUGCUUUGGAUGAGAAACAGCUAAUUGAAAAAAUGAAUCUAUCUGCUAUCCAGGAUCGAGAAAUCUGUUGUUAUUCAGUAUCCUGCAAAGAGAAGGAUAACAUUGACAUUACACUACAGUGGCUUAUUCAGCACUCCAAAUCCAGGCACUGUUGAGGUUGGUCUCCUGUUGUAGAAGAUGGUAAACAGCUUGUCCAUCCUAUGUACCUUGGAAAGAAGUAUGGAAAAGUAAAGCCUAACUCAGCUGGGCCUGAGUCUUUCAAUCCCAGUUCUUGUUAUUAUGGACUUCUAAGAUUUCUUCUUUGCUUUCCUUUGACUUCAGGUCAUUUUCUACGUUUAAGGAAAAUUGUGCCAUUCAACAGUAAUGCUGAGUAAUCAUAAAUUAUUUUGGUAAGCCAUGGGCACAUGGCUUCUUUAUUUAAGAGAUGCCUCUGAAAAAAAGACCCACAGAAAAUGUCUAUACCCUUUUUAAUAGGAUGAUAUCCUGAUUGUGUGUUUCUCAUUUUGCAUGUGAUGUAUUAAUAUAGAGCAGUAUUUCAAUGUAUGAUUACUGAUCCAAAAGAACUGACCCUAUUUAUAACAGCAAUGGUUUGCUUGACCAGUGAAGAUAAGUUCCUGCUAAAUUGAAAGUAGUUAUGUGAAUGCACAAGCAGGAGAGCAAUAUUUUGCUGAUUGAUGGGGAUGCUUUCACUUUCCUAUUUUGACAAUAUCAUGGAUUGCACUUUUAUACUAACAUCAAUAUAGUUCUGUCAAAUGGUUUUCCAUCCAUCUCAAAGGCCAUCUACAUCCACAGGGUAGCAGGGAAAUUCAGUUGACAUUUCCUUCAUAUCUUAAUUGCUCUUUCAAAUUAUUUGCAUUCAUCAAGACAUAAGCCAUAAAUAUAACCUAAUGAUUUCAUGCAAAUUUGAAAGAAGGCUGCAAAUUGAUUUUAUUGUGUGGAAGUGAUAUGCACCAUUCCAAGUUUCAUCUUUUAUUUUGUGAAUCUCAAUAUGAGAACAGCACAAAAUAAGGCUAUUAUCAAUGUUUUAGUACAUAUGGAACAUCAGACUCUGCCAAGUGGAGGAUAGUAGUAUCUGGACUGUACCACAAUGACAGCAAAUUUGAAAUACAUCCAACAAUUGCUUGAAAGUGCAGUCUGAUGAUCACAAGUCUGUUUCAAAUUGGCAUGUUACACGGUGAGAUGCAGGUUUUAGUCCAAUUUGAUGUCAUAAUUGUCUUUCUACUAUAGCACUUAAACAAGCCUGUAAUCACGAUCUCUCAAACUAACUAUGUUCUUUUACAGUACCAGAGACUUUGCCACCUACUUCACAUUUGUUCCCUUUUAUAUUUGUUAUUCUAUGAAGUCUCAGUAGAGCAGUUACAUUGCAAACUAAUGAGUUGUAUGUUACAUCAUCUUAAUCCUUUUUUAAAAAGGCAUUAUGCAAAGAAGCAUGGGUACAUUGACACAAAUAUAAGACUUGUUGUAAAUGAGAAUUAAUUUAUGUUCAUCCGUACUGUAAGGGAAUUCAGUAACUUCUAAAUCUUUGUUUCGAUCUAACCAAUCCUCUUGCUCUAUGACGUUUAAUGUAUUUUGAUGGUGGUAAUUGACGAAUAAAAAUUGGCCCAGUACGUGAAGAUAAUUUGCUCCACUUCUAUGAUUAUCUGUAUAAGUAGGCUCUUGGUUUAACUUCUAAACUGAAAGAUGAAAAUGCAGCACUCUUUCAGUAUUGCAAUGAAGUGUCAGCCGAGAUUAUGUGUUCAAGUGAAGUGGACUUUAAACCUAUAACAUCUGACUCUGAAGCACUGGGCCAGGCUACCUUGUGAUGAAUCACUGAGUACAGUAAUCUCUGAUGGCAGUUUUUCCAGUGCUAAACCCUGAAUUGUCAAAUAUAUUUUUAUUCAAAAGAUUUACAGGAUCAGACCUCUCCUGUUCUCCUUUUCCGUUGGUAAAAUAUGGUUAUGAUCUCAUUUUUAAAAUUAUUCGAACCUGUAACUUGACAAUGGUUAAUCCGUAUAAACUUUGAAAGCAUGUAUCUACUUUUCAUUUUAGUUUUCCUGUAUUUUAGCCCCCCUAAUUAACAAGGCACUUUUUAAAAAAAAUAAAGUUGCAGUUUUAUUAUAAAGGAUAGAAUCUGUCAGUGGAAAUUUUUACAAAACCUGUCGUGAUCAUUUAAAUAGUACUAGUCAAAGUUCAGAAUAAGUUUUCAGCUUUUUCCAUGCGAAGCCAGUUCCUGUGAUCCAAGCAGAAUUGUGGGGUUAGGGCCAUUUUAUAAGUUCCAGAGGAUGGAAUGCCUUCUGUAUUUACUGUAAAACUUACUUUAUACACAGGUGAAUUACCUUUUAGCAUCCAUAGCAGUUAAGUAACAUUUGGUGAUGUAAUUAUUUGGGCAUCAUGAAGUGGCUCUUUUCCUAAAACAACACCAAUUACAACAGAACCUGGAAUUUAAAUUUUAGUAUUACUUUGUGAUGUAACAUAUUAUUUAAAAUAAAUGUAUUAGUUUGACACUGUAUUUAAUACUCAUUAGACACGAACCUUGUCUGCAUGGUGCUCAAGCGGUGGACUAAACAUCCCACAUUUUCACUUUAUGUUAUUUAUGUGCAAUGUAUUUUAAAUUGUUUCAUCCAUGAGACGUGUAUUUUAACUGUAUAAAAGUUGAAAAAUGAGACAUAGCUCGAAAGUUCUGGUCUCUUGCUCAGUAUAGGAAAAAAGACUGGAAAUUGGUCAUUUGCAUUGCAGUUGUUGUGCUGUCAUAGCGGUGUUCAAUUUAGAAAUAUAGAUUUUAAUGAUAUAUUGAAGCAGCUUUGAGCAUUAGAAUCAUAAGCAUUUAAUCCAGUCUACUAUGUUGGUGUGGUAGCUCACAUUGUUCUACUGUAUAGAAUGGAACAUAUACAGAAUACACUUUCUUUUCCAAAUUUACAAUCACUGAAGACAGUGACAGACAGCUCUAAUGUGUGACAAAUUCUACGGGCGUUUCUAAAUAAUGAAUUCACACUCAAAGUCUCUGUCUGCAAACUAAGGAAUCACAAUAUUUCUAAGCAAAAACAGUAUUUGAUGAGUGAACGAUAAAAAGAAUUAUUAUAUAGAUUGCAUUGAAGGAGGCUCAUGUGAACUACAAACACUGGCAUCGAAUGAUUGAGGUGACUAGCCACUUCGUUCUGUGUAACCUUCACAUACCUGAGUGCUCAGAAUAUUUGAACAAUUCUUUCAAAGAACUAGCACAGACAAAAUGGGCUGAAUGGCCUAUUUCUAUGCUGUCUGAUUCUAAACGUGUCCGACAUAUUUUAAAAACUGAUAGACCAUUCCUUUUUCAGCUUUUACAUUGAAAAACUGUUUUGGUCUUGAACAGUAUUCCAAACAAUUUUUAGGCAUCCAUACAAUAGCAACCCAAGUAGAUACUUCAGACUGAUGGUGCUAACUGGAGCAACCUGAUCUUUGUAAGUAUAGUAAUUUUUUUCUUAUAUUUCCAAGGGAUAGGUACAUAUUAGUAGAUGUUAGUGUGUAUUCCUGCAAACUAAACUUAAGAAUUCUAUAUAUUAAUAAAAUGUAAUGUUAUUGAGGUUUGAGAUAAAUCUCAUUACUUUAACUGUCAAAACUGUAAUUCCAAUGGGUUUCACACACCUCAAUUUUGUAGUUUAAUUGCUUAAUUUAAAAAAAAACUGGAAUUUUGCUUAAUGACUGUGACAUGUCAGCUAAAUUGUGGAUUAGACAAGAAUUUAGGAGUG